UCUUCCUGACUCCAAGCUUCACAUGCCACCUAGCUGCCCCAAAGAUAAUGAUAAGCAUUUAUAUAAUGCUUUAAGGUUUGCUUAAAGCUUUUAUAUUGUUUUCUCAUUUGUUCUUCACAAUAACCCUUUGAUGGAAGUUAGGUGACCUGCCCAGGGCCCUACAGCAAGUAAAGGUUUGAGGCUGGUCUUGAACCCAAGUCUAUGUGACUCCAAGUACAAUACCUCUCUCUCCACUAUACUAUCUAGUAUAUAGUAAUAAUAACAUAUAAUGUAUAGACAGGAACAAAAGGAUUGCUUUUGUUAAGACACAAAAGGGCUUGUAUUCUGGUUUUUGCCAAAAUUCAAAGUUGGCAUCCCAAUUCUUCCAAUUGCACUUUUGUCCUUCAGGCAAUAUUGCUUCCUAGCGGAGCUCUGCUCCCUAAAUGAGCCCAGUCCACAAAAUGAGAUCAGUCUUGCUUUGGGCUCAUGACAAGUGUGAUGCUUUCUCCUCCAGAACAGGAACUCGUUGAUGCAUCUUAGGCUGUGCGCUGUCGUCAGAGGAAACCAGUGGUUCUGAGAACCACCGAGUCUGUCGUGUCAACUAAACACUCAAAGGAAGCCUCUGCCAUCUCCUACUACAUAGCCUGAAAGGAGAGCUUUAGGGGCUUUCAGCGGUUCUGGGCUCCCAGCCCAGAAGGACCAAGCCCGCAAGGCCUUCAGACUCAGUGAUCCACAAGAAACCAUCUGAACGGAUGCUCCCAGGUUGACACAGAGGCUGCCAUGAGCUAUUGCAAUCUGGGCCACCUCUAGGAAUGCCUGGGUGGAGCGGCAAAUCCGACAACCCAGUGUAGGGACCUGAGAAGGCUCUGUUGGACAGCCUAGCCCUGUAGGAGGAACUGCUCCAGCGACACCCUAUAGUGCCUUUGUUAAGAUUUCGCCACUUCUGACAAUGAGAUCCUGAUAUUCCCUCUCAUGGCAUGCUUCAGAGCCAUCUGCCAAGGUACCAUGGGAAGCUUGCCCAGCAGAAAGAGAAGAGGCCUGCACGUUCCUGGGCUCCCUGCCCAUAGCCAGGAAACGGGGCUUUUACAGGAAGGGCUCUUCACUGUUCCUGUUUCUCCAGACAGAAGCAAGGAUAUGGCUGUGGCCUUGGACAGUUUCCCAGCAGGGGAGCAGGGGGAGCUGGUGCUGAGACUUGGGGAGCCGCUGAUCAUCAUCUCUGACAAUGGAGAAUGGUGGAGAGUUCUGUCGGAAGCCACCAGCAAAGAGUACGUUGUUCCCAGCAGCCACGUGGCCAGAAUCUCCCAAGGCUGGCUCUAUGAAGGCCUGAAUCGAGAGAAAGCAGAGGAUCUCCUGCUGCUCCCCAGCAACCAUGGAGGAUCUUUCCUGAUCCGGGAGAGUCAGACCAGGAGAGGUGCUUACUCCUUGUCGGUGAGGCUGAGCCGCCCUACUUCUCGGGACGUGGUCAGACACUACAGGAUUCAUCGCCUGGAGAACGGCUGGUUCUACAUCUCUCCCCGGCUCACUUUCCCUUCACUCCAGGCCCUGGUGGAACAUUACACAGAGAUGGCAGAUGAUCUCUGUUCCCUGCUGGUAGAGCCCUGUGCCUUUCGAAGAGUGGGCCUGCUUCCUGGGAGGAACAUCCCACCACCAGUAUCUGUCCAGAGACCAACUCUCAACUGGAAGGAAGUGGAUAGCUCGCUCUUGUUUUCAGAAGUAUCCUCCUCAGGUGACACGUGCCCCAUUAGUGUGGGGCUUCGAGAGGCGAUUGGCACCUAUAUCAGCAUGACUGAGGACCCAUCAUUGGACAUCAGUGGCCACAGGAGAGUAAAGAAGGGGAAUUAGGGCCCAAAGCACUUGAAGAGGUUAUUUUGUGCCCCCUCUCCUCUAUGGACUUUGGGGAAGUCCUGUGCAAGAGCUCCCUGGCAGACUUUUCUUCAAAGGCAUUUCUUCUUCCCAUGUGGCAUCAUGGGUUAGUGGUACCCCUGAAAAUGGGUCCCAGAAUUUGCUCAGUCAGGACACUGAAGCCUUUUCUUGGCCCAAGUUACUCAGGUGGAAUAGCACCAAAGCCCAAGACAAAAAAGUAAAAUCCCUCCCUAGAAGCUGACCCCAAUGCUUUCAUUGACCAAUUCUCUUUUCAUCUUCUUGUGGGACUUGGGCCUUCCUCCUCUUGCCUGCCUUCUCAUCCAGAGUAGAAUUAGUAGCUAGUUUCCCAUAGAAUUCCAGACUUGAGAAGGCACCAAGAAGGCUGCCUGCGAAUCCAAGUAGACAAAUUGCAACACAAAAACUGGCCCUGAUGUAAUGGUGAUGGUCUUCAUCUUCCAUGGGCUGUAACUUUUGUCCCUAAGAGAAAGCUAGUCCUUUUUCUUUUCAGGAGAUGGCUCUCUUCCACACCCUCCCGGCCUAAACUUCAUCUGGGGCCUGUUCCUGCUUUUUUUGGGGUGGGGUCAUUGUCCCAUCUCUGACUCAUUUAUCAUCUGUUUUGUUUCCUCCUUUCUCUUUUGGGCCAGUUUCCAUCAGUGUCCUUUGAGCUGUGGGGAGAUAGAAGUGAUCACAUCACUGGCCUUACUGGCAGGCUCUUCCGCCAUCUUGUGGGCAGACAUACAAUUACUACUAUCUCAGCCUUCAUCCUGGCUUUUGUUAUACCUGUAGGACCUUUGUAUCCUCAAGUCAGGAAUUGAGUUUUUUACCAAUUUCAUUCUACCCAAAGCUUGACCCAAGGCUCACAGUAAGAAUGUAGAGGUGAAAAAGAGUCAAUUUAGGAGGCAAGCAAACUGCAUUCCAACCCUAUUUCUUUCAAUAAUAGAAUAUAACCUUAAACAAGUCACUUGUCUAAACUUCUGGAUCCUCUUAUGUAAAAUGAAGGGGCAGGAUAAAACAGUACCUAAAUCCCCACAACAGAAUACUUCAGAGGGAAGAGGCAUAGCCUAAGGCCUGGUGGAGUGGUCAGAGGGAGGAGGAAGGCCUGAAUCAAGGUAGGUGGGAGCAGAGGCCAAGUCAGGUGGGCAACCCUAGACCAGCAAAGCUACCUGCAGAUACAAGCAAGCCCCUUUUAGAAAAACUACAGUGGAAGCCUCUCACAUUUUCAAUUAAAGGCUUAGGAGACAUGUUAAUAAGAUCUGAUUUAUUCAAGUUAUCUUAAAACAUUCUAUGAUGGAAACUAUUAUUAGACAUGUACUGUAUUAUGAACCACGCACAUUCUGCCAUGCUUUGUCCAAGAACAACUCAAAACACCAUAAAAUGCCAUUGAUAUCUUUAAAAUCGUGUGCCUGAUGGACAGCCGAGGAAGACGAGACAAUUUAACGUUUCAUUCAGAUCCUAAGGUAAAUGAAAUUACUAGAUCCGUUCAGCCAACAGGUAUUAGUGAUGGGUAGUCAAGAGACAUGGAAAAUGGUCGUGAUGGAACAGUUCAGUAAUGCUUUCCAAAUAGGGAUGGCUUGUUUAAAAGUUCCAAGACACGACACUGGCAUAAAACACUGGUGACCAACAAAACACGCCGAUUCUCAGUUUGGGAGAAUUGGGCAUCAGAGUCUCCUUGUGGCGAAUGCCCCUGACCACUGGCACGGUUCUGGCCUGUGAUUAGAAUGUCCUUUUGAAUGAACAGGGCUAGCAGGUGUGGGCUGUAGCCUGUCAGUCGUAGUGGAUGGCAGUGUAAAAGAUGAUCCAAACAACC